AUGGGUUCCGUCGGUGGACUGACUCCCAACCAACUCCAACUCAUCAAGGCGACCGUACCGGUCCUUGUUGAGCAUGGCAAUACCAUCACGACAGUAUUCUAUAAGAACAUGCUUGCUGCCCACCCGGAGCUGAACAAUGUGUUUAACGUCCCUAACCAGCGCAAUGGCCACCAACCCCGGGCCCUCGCUGGCGCCCUCUUCGCCUAUGCCGCCAACAUCGACAAUCUGGGAGCUCUGGGGCCCGCCGUGGAGCUGAUUUGCCACAAGCACGCUUCGCUAUACAUUCAGCCAGAGCACUAUGAGAUCGUUGGCAAAUUCCUCCUAGAGGCAAUGGGCGAGGUCCUCGGAGAUGCCCUUACCCCGGAGAUCAAGGAGGCAUGGGGCGUCGCGUACUGGCAGCUCGCCGAUAUCAUGAUCGGCCGCGAGAAGCAAAUUUACCAGGAGAGCAAGGGCUGGACCAACUGGCGCGACUUCAAGAUCGCCGACAAGGUCCAGGAGUCCGAGGAGAUCACCUCCUUCUAUCUCACCCCAGUCGACGGCCAGCCUCUGCCAGUUUUCCGGCCCGGCCAGUACAUCUCCGUUCAGGUCAAGGUGCCCGAGCUCCAGUGCUUGCAGCCUCGUCAGUACUCGCUCAGCGACCAAUACUCCCAGGACUACUACCGCAUUAGCGUCAAGACGGAGAAGGGCUUGCCAGCCACCGACUCGGCUGCUGCAACCCACCCCGGCUACGUGUCCAACCUCUUACACGACCAGUACAACAAGGGCGACAUCGUCCAGGUCUCUCACCCUUGCGGGGACUUUUUCCUGUCCGCUACCGCCGUGCAACCCACUACCCCAAUUGUCCUCCUCUCAGCGGGCGUUGGUUUGACCCCGAUGACCUCCAUCUUAAACACCUUGACUUCCAAGCCGGCUUCUGCCGAGCGAAAUUUGCAUUUUAUCCAUGGUGCCCGCACUUCCGGAGCUCGCGCUUUCAAAGACCACAUCGCCAAUCUGAAGAAGAACCACGCCAAUCUCCAGGCCACCUUUUUCACUAGCAACCCCACCGAAGCCGAGACGCUGGGAGUCGACUUUGACUACGUCGGCCGCGUGGACUUGAGCAAGCUGGACGCCAGCAAGGAUCUUUUCACCGACAUUCCUACCACGGAAUACUAUAUCUGCGGUCCUGACAAGUUCAUGACGGACAUGCAGACCACUCUCAAGGAGAAGGGUGUGAGCGCCGACCGCAUCAAGAUGGAACUAUUCGGCACUGGUGGCAUUAACUAG